AUCUAACCCUUACUAUCCGACCACUACGGAAACACUAUCAAAAAUUCGCCGAAAAGCACGCACGAACAAUGCUUAACGCCAAAUUAUAUAAUAAAUCAAAUGUUCUACAGAGGACUACUACAAUGAAGUAUCUAGAAGAAUAUAAGAAUAUAAUAAAUUGGAAAAUGGACUCAAAAAUCCUAGACAUUGGCUGUGGCGAUGGGAGUUUGACAACAAAAAUAUUUAAAGAAUUAAUUCCUAAUUGCAAGACCAUAACAGGCAGUGACAUAAGUGAAAAUAUGAUACGAUUCGCAAAUGAACACUAUGCUUCGGAACGUAUUGAUUUCACUACCCUUAACAUAGAGGGAGAGCUGCCCGAUCAGCUAAGGGAACGUUUCCACCAUGCCAUUUCCUUUUAUGCUAUAAACUGGUGUCGUCGUCAAGAAACUGCGUUCCAAAAUAUAUACGAUAUGCUUAAGGACCAAGGCAGUUGUUUCGCGAUUAUCGUAGGAAAAGAAUCAUUAUUCGAUGGAUACAGGUCCCUUGCUAAAACUGAAAAAUGGAAGCCAUGGGUUACUGACGUCGACAGAUUUAUAUCUCCAUACCAUGACAGUCAGGAUCCCCUUAAGGAAAUGCAACAAUUAUUAGGCAAAAUUGGAUUUACUGUAAAAAAAUUAGAAGAUAAGAUAAUAAAUCACGACUUCGAAAGUCAAGAGAAUUUAAAAGGUGCAAUAAUGUCUGUGGUGCCUUUCAAGAUCCCGGAUGAGUUACGUGACGAUUUUUUUAUAGACUUAAGCCAAGAAAUGCAUAUGAUUGACACUGAAAAGUACAAUUACAAGAAAUCUAGUAACGAUUUUUUCCUUAACGUGCAAAUACUCGUUUUAUAUGCUGAAAAAAAGUAAUAAUGUCUGGAUUCGUUUUUAAGGAAUAUUAAUUGUUCGGAAAUUGAAAUGUAACAUCUAAUAUAUAAAAGUCACGUGUCACAAUGUUCGUUCCCAUACUCCACCGAAACGGCUCGACCGAUUCUUAUGAAUUUUUUUAUGGAUAUUCAGUAAGU